AAUAUAUCAUCGUCACAAUUCACAUACAUUAUUAAACAACCUCUGCCUGAUGUCGGAUUUUUGUCAGCUUCUUCAUUGAAUCAACGUCACUACCUUCUCCCACUAAGAAAAAAACACAAACGAUCCCUACCACCGAUAACCUUCCUUUUGUUCCCCGUACUGGGCAUCCCUGAAUCGUACUUACCGAAAAUGGUUUUCGGACAAAUAUUUCUUAAGACUCGGAAAUUUUCCGGCAUUUAUUGAAGCUCAAACAGCGAAAGGAGAUCCCAGGAAUGAGUCUUCAAGGAGGAGUUUUAUUAUUCCCUCAAACAACCGAAAAGUGCGUAUAUUUAAGUUUAAUUCUGAUACGGUGACUCUCAGUCUCACUAGCUGUCUGCUUUGAUCGAUGGAUGCUAAGCAGACAGCUCUGAGAGGCGGGGAAGUAGGCAUGGUGGAAAACAAGGCCCCAAAUGAUGACCAAGUGGUUGUUGAAAUCCCAGAGACCAAAGACGCAAAAGGGUCUUCUCCCAAAGCCUCUGAAUCCUGCAAGCAAAGCUGGGUGGAUUCGCCUCGCAAACCGUCCGCCGAGUCCACUACUGGGUUCUCAAAAUCGGUCCCAAUUAGCUGCCCCUCGCCGGAGAUCUCGAGGUUCAGUCCCAGCCCCAAUAAGCCUCCUAAAGUUCCCACCGUCAAUGAGAACCUUACACGAAGACGGUCUCUGGCAAGGUCAGUGUAUUCCAAACCGAAAUCAAGAUUUGGGGAACAGCCUUAUUCUACUUACGGCAAUAUGUUUGAUGAGAAUGAUUCAGCUUUGCAAGAACAAAUUGGCGCCGGCUCGCCUUAUAGGAAUUCUUUUAAUGUGGCGUCGCCUAAUAACAAAAUGUCAAGGAGCACUACUAGAACGGUGUCGAAUACUCCGAAAACGCCGUUGAUGGCGUCUCCAGGGCACGAUGAGGAUGAAGAGAUUUACAAGAAGGUCAAAUUGAAUAAAGAGAAGCAUAGGAGACUGAAGACUAAGGUUUUGGUUGAGCUAAUUGCGUUUGGGUGCAUUUUGGGGUGCUUAGUGGCUAGCUCAACUGCAGAGAGAUUGAAGACUUUAAUGGUGUGGGGUUUGGAGUUUUGGAAAUGGUGGGUGCUUGUGAUGGUGAUCUUUUCGGGAAUGUUGGUUACCAAUUGGUUUAUGCGUGUGGUUGUAUUCUUGAUUGAAAGGAACUUUUUGCUAAGGAAGAAGGUGCUGUAUUUUGUUCAUGGGUUGAAGAAGAGUGUUCAGGUCUUUAUUUGGUUGAGUUUGGUUCUUCUUACAUGGGAAUUGCUUUUCAAUCACGGGAUCACGCGAUCGAAGAACGCCACCAAGAUUUUGAGUUAUAUUACCUGGACUCUUGUUUCGCUUCUAGUUGGAGCAUUUUUGUGGUUAUUGAAGACUUUGUUGCUAAAAAUCUUGGCAUCGAAUUUCCAUGUGAACACCUUCUUUGAUAGAAUCCAGGAAUCAAUCUUCCAUCAGUAUGUACUUCAGACCCUUUCGGGGCCUGCUGUUAUAGAGGAGGCUGAGCGGGUUGGGAGAUCAGUGAGCACUGGUCAGUUGAGCUUCCGGAGUACGAAGAAGAGUAAAGGAAAGAAGGAGAAAGAGGUAAUCGAUAUGGGGAAACUUCAUAAGAUGAAACAAGAAAAGGUUUCUGCUUGGACCAUGAAGGUGUUGGUUGAUGCAGUGAUGAGUACAGGGCUGUCCACAAUCUCGAAUGUACUAGAUGAGAGUGUUAAUGACGAAGGUGGUGAGCAGACAGAUAAGGAGAUUACCAAUGAGAUGGAAGCAACUGCCGCUGCCUAUCACAUUUUCAGGAAUGUCGCUCAGCCUGGUUGCAAGUACAUUGAUGAGGACGACCUUCUGAGAUUCAUGAUUAAGGAAGAAGUGGAUCUUGUGUUUCCACUGUUGGGAGGAGGAGAGACAGGAAGGAUCGACAGAAAAGAUCUUACAGACUGGGUGGUGAAGGUCUACAAGGGCCGCAAAGCACUAGCACAUGCUUUAAACGACACCAAAACUGCUGUCAAGCAGUUGAACAAACUUGUGACAGUGAUCCUGAUUGUUGUGACCAUUCUUGUGUGGCUUCUUUUGAUGGAAAUUGCAACUACAAAAGUUCUUGUCUUUCUCUCGUCACAGCUUGUCGUGGCGGCUUUUAUGUUUGGAAAUACCUGCAAGACUAUAUUUGAAGCUAUUAUUUUUGUCUUUGUAAUGCAUCCAUUUGAUGUUGGCGAUCGAUGUGUCAUUGAUGGUGUUACGUUGAUGGUUGAAGAGAUGAACAUUUUAACAACAAUCUUCCUGAAGCUUGAUUUUGAAAAGGUAUACUAUCCAAAUUCAGUUUUGGCCACGAAACCCAUCAGCAAUUACUACAGGAGCCCUGAUAUGGGUGAUUCUGUUGAAUUCUCGAUUGAUUUUAUGACACCAGUAGAGAGGAUUGGGAUGCUGAAAGAUACAAUUAAAAAGUUUUUGGAGAAAAAUCCACAACACUGGCAUGCUAACCACAAUUUGGUGGUGAAGGAGAUCGAAAAUGUAAAUAAGAUAAAGAUGGUUCUGAUUGUAUUUCACACAAUUAACUUUCAAGACAUUGGAGAGAAGACCAGGCGAAGAACAGAAUUAGUUAUGGAGAUAAAAAAGAUUUUUGAGGAGCUUAAUAUCAGAUACAAUCUCCCGCCCCAAGCAGUUCAUCUUGGCCAUACAUGAUCUGAAACAACAAAUGCAACCAACAGAUGAUUUUUGCUCAUCGCUUCAGAUGGCUUUUGUAAUCUCCAAGUACGUUCCUUUUCUUCUUCUUCUGAGGAUAUGAACUUGUAUAAUUGAUAUCACAUUUCAGUUUGCCAUUCAGCCAAUGUUAUGUAAAAGUGCCUCUGCAAUUUGGAUUUGUGUUAGAAUGUGGGACUUAAGUUACUAGUUUUCUAGUGGCAUUCCAUUACCACUGCUUCAUGUUAUACCAAAUCCAUGAAUCUGUGGAUUUCAACUCCGUUAAUGAGCUUGUCUUCACUAUCAAAUCAACUGAGAUAAGCAAAAGUCGUGCCCCCAAUUGACCAGAGCUACAGUAGCUGGCCAGCGGCUUAGCUCAUCCGAGGCCGUGCUAAUCCGCAUUGUUUAAGGCCCUCGCUCACUAUGGAUCUUCAAUUAAAUGUGAAAUUUCAGAUAUUUUUAUUUAA